GGAGGCAGAUUUAAAAACAGUACACGCGGAAACUCCGAUUACCUGUCCCAACUGAUAAGGGCGUUUGGAUUCCCAUUUCAGCUGCCUAUAAAGAAAAUGACGCAAUCGAGACCUAUAAUGGCCAAUGAAAUAAAGAAACUAAUGAAAGAAACCAAAGUUAUAGAAGUCAAAGAUUUCAUCAAGGUGUCGGAGAUUUUGCCCUACUUGACGAAGUUAACGAUUCCAGCAAACCAGAAAAUUUCGCAAAAAAUUGAAAGAGAUGGCGAAGCUGCCGCAGCAUCUUUGCUUUAUGCUGAAGUCACCAGAAACACAACUGUACUAUUUCCGCAGUUGGUAGCUGCUCUGAAAAAGACCGCGCAAAACGACGUGUAUGCGACAUUCAAAUCAGCAAUCCACAAUUUAAAAAAGAAGAAAGGCACUAACGCCAACAUCGCUGAGGCCGUGCAAAAACUUCUGGAUAUGAUAAAAGAUGAAGAAUCAGAGAAAAAGUGUGACCAAGAUUCCUCAGAUUCUGAAUCUACACAUUCUGAUCUUUUAUUGGAAGACAUAGACAAACAUAACGAUGCCACAGCUACUGAGACUGAAGCCGCCAGGAGACCUAUCAUGAGUCGUGGCAAACCAAUGACUGCUUUUGCUCCAAGAACUAAGUCAUUGCCUGUAGGAAAAAGCAGACCUAUAGUCUCCCAAGAAUUGGCAAAGAAAGCAAUAUCAAGCAUGCAAGCAAGUGUAUUUCAUCAACUGGCUAAUUACCUUGAGGAAAAGGUGGAAAGCGGAGAAAUGAUGUGGUCCUACCUAGUAAAGAACAGCAGCAUCUUAAAACUUACCAGGAAGGAUCAAGUUGACAUUGAAAGUCAACUCGAACAAGGAAAAUUGUUUCUGGACUUGCUUGAAAGGAAAGGUCAUGAUAUUGACAAACUGGAAACAGUCUUUGUUGAAAACAGACUUCAAAAGGCCUUAACAAUAAUCGGAUCGUGCAAAGGAGUCGCAGACAAACAAGACGUGGAGCUGACCAAACCGCACCAUCCUCCUGCGGAUGCUCCUGCCCAAGAGUGGAACUGGAAGUUGCCAUCGAUUGUACAUGUUUUGCUCAUUAUGUGCCUCAGUGUUUUCUGUUUGGUUGGUUUAUGGUCGAUUGUAAAAGCUUGCGUUUAUGAUGGAGGUUACACACAAGGCCCGAUUACUACCCAUAUUUGCACCCAUGUUUAUAUACACAUUGGACAACACGCUUCUAAUGGAAGUCAAUACAGCAACUGUAUCUAACAAAGAAUAAAUUGAAUAAUUCAAAAAAUUCAAAAUAAGGGUUAAAAAACAAUUAAAAGUUGAAUAGACAGAUUUUCAGUAACAAAACUAUUGUUAAAUGUACAUGUGAAAUACGAAAAAGACCUUCUGAAUAUUGGUAAUGUAUUUUGGGCUGAAAAAUCAGGACUUUGCCAUAUAUCUAGUGCUUUACUGACCUUCUGCCAGCAAUUUAUAGUGAACGAGUUUUUACAAUUGUACAAGAUGCUUGUAUGAUGUUUUGUAUGGUUCUAUUGUUAUCUUGUUUUGUUUUAUUGUUUGUUAUAUCAUCUACUUGUAUCUCUAUAUUUAUUUAGGAAUUUAAAUACCGUUUCAAGAUUCUGAAAGAUAUCAGUAUACAAUAUUGUAUUCACAUUAGUGCUCACAAUAAAUAUAACAAACAAAGUUGACAAGAAAAGCUCAUAUCUCUAUAUUGAUUAAAAUAUACUUAUUCUAGAUAUAUAUAUUUUAAUUUUCUUUUCUAUUAGAUGUUCGCCUGGUUACACACAGACAGUUAGAAAUAAUAUUGAAUUAAUUUUUCGAAAAUUUAAAGUCUGAUAAAUAUACAUGUUUAUAUACAUGUUUCUUUCAUGCUUUACGAUGAAAUAUGGGGUUUUAACAGUGAAAUAACAACAGUGAAAAUAUCAAUUUGAUAUUUUCACUGCAAAAUAAGGAGUGAAAAUAUCAAUUUUCAAAACUACUUUUAAAAUCUUUUGUUGUUACAUGUACUUGCCUUGGUCAAAACAGAACACUGGACUUCAGUAAAUUAUGUCAAAAAAGGUCAAAAAAAUAAAGAAAUAUUUUAUAAAUUUAAAUAAAUAUAUAAUUGGAAAUUAACAACUUACCGUUUAUUACCGGUUAUCCCGUUUAUCAAACAUUUUACUGAUCUUUGAAGCUGAAUGUUCGAACAUUUGCUUUCAUUCCAAACAAAUUACAGACAAAAACAACUGUUCGAACAUAAAUAAAAUUUUAUAGCAUCGAUCAAAUGUAUUUUGAACUGUUAACCGUUGUAGUACGUAAAAUGGGCUUCCUGGAGAAUUCACACAACAAUUUAUCGGAUAGAUCCGAUAUUUUUUACCCCACCCACAUCUCAAAAUGUGUCAACAAACUAGCGUGGCAUUUACUCUUCUGGAAAACAAACAUUUAAAAGCGAUACAGACUGGUCUCUGACAGUAAGAUGACUGUAUAUUAACUUACUAUAAAAACACGCGUAUAUGCAGUCUUAAAACUAAGAAGAAUGGUUAAAAUCCAAUGAGUAUCCACAUUUGUUUUGCUAACACAUUUGACCUUCCAAAUUUUCAUCCUAUAAAUAGCGGCGUAGUAAUUUGGUUAAAAUAAAAAGUGUUUUCAUUAUUUUUUGGAACAUUUGUGCACUAAUAAUACUUCAUUUUUUACUGUUCAUAAAGCUUUGCAAUAAAAAACGAGCGAAUAUUAAGCUAUAAGAAUGAAUAGCAGAGAACUAUUUCUCAGCAAACCGAAAGUAAAAAAGUUGACAGCUAUAAUUAUGCAUGAGGGGCGCCCUACGGGUAGCGGCGUAAAGCCCACCCUUUUCAAAAAAGGGGGUAAUUCAGAAAUAAAUAAAAAAACAAAUAAAACUCCGAAAAUAAGCAUAAAAGAAACAGAAAAUUUGUUUAUUUCAGUGUAAGAUCGUAUUUAAUUUCACUCGUGAUCAUAAAAAAACUACAUUUUCACUCGUGGCUUCGCCACUCGUGAAAAUAUGUUUUUCUAUGACACUCGUGAAAUGAAAUACGAUCUUACACUGAAAUAAACAAAUAUCCUCUAUUGCUUAUAAAUUGGGUGUCAAUGAAAUAUUUUUUAUGUUAAUUGUAGUUUAGAUUUCAUAGUUGUUAACAUUUUAACAGUUUAUUUUUAGUUGUUGACAAUUAUUGUAUCAUGACAAUUAUAAAAUAUUGACACAUAGAGGUAUUUUGUAAUAUUUUCAGUAAAAUAAAAUGAAUUUU